ACUUCCUGAUUCUCCUUUUAUAAACACAGAGACAGGACAGGGAGUCAAAGAGUGGUGAGCUCAGGAGACCCCAGCCCAGCUCUUCCUGCCCACGGGGAAGAUGAAGUUCUCCACAGCUGCCCUCUCCCUGCUCAUUCUUGCUGCUGCUCUUGGAUCCCAGGCCCGGGUCAUACAUGAUCUAGAGAAAAGACAAGUUCUGAGGAUUCCUAUUGAGUCUCCAAUUCAGCACGGUAUUCUUCAGGAAGCUGCUGACUGCUGCUUCUCAUAUACUCGGCGAAGAAUCCGGUGUACAUUCAUGAAAGAUUAUUUUGAAACGAGCAGUGGGUGCUCUCAGCCAGGUGUCAUUUUCUUCAGCAGGAAGGGACAACGAAUCUGUGCCGACCCCAAUGAUGGGGGAGUCCAGGAGUGCAUGGCAAACUUGAACUUAAAAUAACUGUCCACGGAUCUGGAGCUAAAAAAAUCAACUGAGGAAAAGGAACACAAGUUGCAGCCACCGCACCCCCAACUCCCUCAACCCACCUACCUCCUGGGAGAUUCUUGGCCUGAAUUACUGAAAACAAGUGAACAAACAAAAAAAAAAGUCUGUAUUCUGUUUGGUGUUAAAGCAACGCAUCUGGUAAACAAUAAACAGCAUCUGUGUGGAUUCAGCCUGA